AUGGCUCCUUCUAAACCCUCUCGGAAACGACCUCGUCGUCUCGACCAAUCAACGAUGAUCAGAAACCAAACCCAUGUCUCAACCGCACUUGCAACCCACCUUCUGUCCAACAAACACGACUCCAACGUAGUCUUCUCGCCCCUUUCGAUCCAGGUCGCCCUGAGCGUACUAUCUGCUGGUUGCAAAGGUGAAACACUUGACCAACUCCUGGCAUUCCUUAAAGCGGACACUACGGAUGACCUCAACUCUCUCUAUUUGCAGCUUGUGUCCUCAAUAUUAGCCGACGGUAGCCCCAGUGGCGGAGCUAAAUUGUCUUCUGUAAACGCGGUUUGGGUUCCGAAAACCCUUUCUCUCAAACCUUCUUUCAAACAGGCCAUGGACACCGUUUAUAGAGCCGCUUGCAAACAAGUAGAUUUCGGGAAGGCUGUAGAGGUAGCCCGUAAAGUGAAUUCAUGGGCCAAAAAGGAAACAAGGGGGCUUAUCAAGGAAGUCAUUACUGCUCAAGAAGUUACUGAUGACACAAUGCUCAUCCUUGCAAAUGCUAUCUACUUCAAGGGAACAUGGAGUCAGCAGUUUGAAACGUCAUUAACUGAAGAAGGUGACUUUCACCUCCUCAAUGGCAAUAAUGUUAAAGUUCCCUUUAUGACCAACUACGAAAAUCAAUUCGUACAUGAAUAUGAUGAUUUCAAAGUAUUGAGUCUCCCAUAUUCGCAUGGUCAAGAUAAGCGUAAGUUCACAAUGUACUUUUACCUCAGUGAUGCAAUAGAUGGACUUCCGUCUUUAAUAAAUAAAAUCGGUUCCACAUCCAACUUUUUUGACCAUCACAUUCCACACAAAAAGGUAAGAGUCCGGGAGUUUUUUAUACCAAAAUUUAAGAUCGAAUUCGGGUUUGAAGCUUCUGGUAUGCUGAAGGAAUUAGGGCUGGUAUUGCCUUUCAAAGUUGGAGAUCGUUUCACCGAAAUGGUUGACUCACCAGUUGGUAAGGGCCUUUAUGUUUCGACAAUCCAGCAUAAAUCUCUCGUGGAGGUGAAUGAAGAAGGCACAGAAGCUGCAGCGGUCACUGUAGUUAGAGAACCGAAAUGUCCACGGAGGGCGCCAAGCACUUUUGUUGAUUUUGUGGCAGAUCACCCGUUUUUGUUUGUGAUUAGAGAAGAUGUGACCGGGGUUGUGUUGUUUAUGGGACAGGUGAGUGACCCUAGUUUAAGUAUCUAGUGUCCUUAACUUUUGUUUAUGGUUGCCAAAUCACUUUUUGCGUUUGCUGAUUAAGAACACGAUGUCGAGCUUUUAAGCACCAACUGAAUUUUGGACUAAUACUUUUUUGUCUC